AGGCUGGUCUUCUCCAGUCAGCCAGCAGCUGAUCCAGCUUUGAGGUCAACAUGAAGGCUCUCCUCACCCUGGGAUUCCUCCUGUUCUCUGUCACUGUCCAGGCCAAGGUCUAUGAACGCUGUGAGUUCGCCAGAACUCUGAAAAGAAGUGGAAUGGAUGGCUACAGAGGAGUCAGGCUGGCAGACUGGGUGUGUUUAGCUCAGCAUGAGAGUGGAUAUAACACACGAGCUACAAACUACAACCGGAGAGACCAAAGCACCGACUAUGGGAUAUUUCAGAUCAACAGCCGAUACUGGUGUAAUGAUGGCAGAACCCCAAGAGCAGUGAACGCCUGUGGGAUACCCUGCAGCGCUCUCCUGCAGGAUGACAUCACUCAAGCCAUACAAUGUGCAAAGAGGGUUGUGAGGGAUCCUCAAGGCAUUAGAGCAUGGGUGGCAUGGAGAAACCACUGUCAAAACCGAGAUCUGUCUCAGUAUGUUCGGGGUUGUGGAGUCUAACCACUGUGUGCUUCACUUCAGCUCUUGCUGUCUCUUUCUCGCUAUAGGAGUAGUCAUGAGAAAGGUCACUCUUGCUUUCCCCUUCAAACAAACAGGAUUUAAAUAGAAACAGGAGCUUAAAUGGGACUUUUUCUUAAGAGGCUUAAUGCUGACAUCCCUGUUCAUGUGUUACACAAAGCCUCCAGGGUUCAGUUCGCUCGUGCAAUGGAUGCAAUUUGGUCAUCACACACAUCUCCACACAUCAGUUCUUCACCAAUGAAGUAACUUAAGUUUAAUCAGAAUUAAUCUAAAUCUCCCCUGUGUUGGAUAAAAAUACAAGUAUUUACAGGAGACAAGAUGGACUUAGGUCAAAUGGCAGCUGUGUGAGCUCCAAGGCUUUGUGUGUGGGCUCAGCAUCCAGACACUUAGAACAGCCACUGUGGUGGUCAAGGAGGGUUUUAAGGGAACAGAACUCUGAGUGGAUGACAACUGAGACUCCCUGAACUCAGAACCUUGUUGUCAUGAAAUGUGUGACUUUUCCCAACAGUACUUUCUUAGAGCUGCUCCAUUUAUACUGCUUAAAAAGUAAAUUCUCAACCCAUGUGCCAGUCUGUUUUAACCCUUGAGAGAAUGUUCCCAUGCCUCUUGCUGAUCAUGAGGGUAUUCAGGAGGGACUAGUGAGCUGUGCUUGUCCUUAUCUUUCUUAAGUAGCUUCAUGCCUGUGAACUAACCCUGAGACAGAGGAGCUUGUAUCAGCAAAUAACCGCAGGAGCAAAACAAAGCACAUUGUGAAAAACUUCAAACAGCAUUAAAUGAUUCUGAAUGCA